AUGCAGCAAACCCCGAGCGCCGACCCCGAUCAGCGGAGCGGUAAGCGCAAAUCGAGCGGCAAGAGGAAGCUUUCCGAUCAAGGAGAGCCAUCACAAUCGCACUCGCAGCGGACCAUCUCGGAGCUUCUCUCCUCGAAUCCCUCGCGCAGCAACCCCUCGCAGAACCUAUCUCCGUCCUCGAAACGGUCCCGCUUCUCCGUUUCACCUUCGCGCCCAGCUUCCGGUCACCCAGUGUCCCCAAACAAGAUGUAUAACUUCUCUGGUUCCCCACCUAAGAAUGGUGCUGCUUUCGUGCGCACAUUGACGGGAUCAAAUUCGAAUACACCUUUAGCAAAGACACAGCCAUUCGCUGCAAAUGCCCGUCAGAACAACUUCAGCCCUCAUGCAGGAGCAAAGAAGCUUGUCGUCAAGAACCUCCGCACGGGACCUCGGACGAACCAAGAGCCAUACUUCGACAAGACCUGGGCGCAACUGGAUGCUGCACUGUCAGUUAUUUUUGAUGGUCAGAAGCCUGAAAUCUCGUUAGAAGAGCUAUACAAGGGCGCGGAGAACAUCUGUCGUCAAGAGCGGGCGGCCUUACUAGCCAAGAAGGUACAGGAGAGGUGCAAGGAUUACGUAGCUGGGAAGCUACGGGACAACUUGGUGACAAGGGCUGGAGGUGGAACCGAUGUCGAUACAUUGCGGGCAGUGAUCGAGGCAUGGUCGGUCUGGCACUCGAGACUAAUCACAGUUCGGUGGAUCUUCUACUAUCUUGACCAGUCAUUCCUCUUACACUCCAAAGAUUUCCCUGUCAUCCAGGAAAUGGGACUUAUCCAGUUUCGCGCCUACGUGUUCGCUGAUCAGAGCCUGAAGCCUAAAAUUUUACGAGGUGCCUGCGAUCUCAUCGCUGCUGAUCGCGGCGCCGAGACUAGCAUCAUCCCCGAUGCAACAUUACUCAGAGACGCUAUAGAGCUCUUCCAUAGCCUCGAGGUUUACAGCAGCGACUUUGAGCCGCUAUUCAUUGGUGACUCGCGCAGCUUCGUUGAUUCAUGGGCACAACGGGAAUCUACUGGGGAUCUCGCUUCAUACGUCGAAAACAGCCAGCAUCUGAUCGAACGUGAAGUCGAACGAUGCGGGCUAUUCUCAUUAAAUCGGAGUACCAAGCAGAAGCUGUCCGAGCUGUUGGAUGAGAUACUGGUCGCCGAGCAUGAGGCAGUUCUCCUCAGUGAGAAUGAUGUGCUCGGCCUGAUGCGGUCCGGCAAAAAGGUUGCUUUGAAACAGCUAUACAGCCUUCUCACCCGGCGAAACUUGGCAACCAAAUUAAAGUCUGCUUUCGGUCAUUUCAUUGUCGAAGAGGGCUCCAACAUUGUCUUUGACGAGAAGAACGAAGCGGAUAUGGUCAUCCAUCUACUGCAGUUUAAGAAACAGCUGGACGACACACUAGCUGAGUCGUUCGAUCGGAAUGAAGACCUGGGCCAUACUCUGCGCGAGGCAUUCGGCCAAUUCAUGAACCUUAGCAAGAAGGGGGAAUCCACUGCCGGUACCGACAACCCCAAGACCGGAGAGAUGAUCGCCAAGUACGUGGAUCGGUUGUUGAAAGGAGGUUGGAAGAUGCCUGCUAGCCAGCAAGAAGGCGCGAUGGCGGAUGAGGAUGCCGAAAUCAAUCGCCAACUCGACCAAGUCCUGGACCUGUUCCGAUUUGUCCAAGGAAAGGCUGUGUUCGAAGCCUUCUACAAGAACGAUCUUGCUAGGCGCCUAUUGAUGGGCCGAAGUGCAAGCGACGAUGCCGAGAAGAGUAUGCUGGGUCGUCUGAAGAGAGAAUGUGGAUCAAGCUUUACACAUAAUCUUGAGACUAUGUUCAAGGACAUGGAAGUGGCACGCGACGAGAUGGCAGCAUAUACUGCUUUCAACCGAGAGCGUGGUCGCAAGGAUCGCCCACCGGUUGACCUCAGUGUCAAUGUACUCUCCGCCGCCGCAUGGCCAACGUACGCUGACGUUCCCGUGCGUAUCCCAUCGAUCAUCGCGACCUCGAUCAAUGAUUUCCAAGAAUUCUAUUGUAACAAACAUACCGGUCGCCGGCUCAACUGGAAGCACCAGCUCGCACACUGCCAAUUGCGAGCCAAGUUUCCCAAGGGUUCCAAAGAACUAGUGGUUAGCUCGUUCCAGGCAAUCGUGCUGCUCCUCUUUAACGACAUUGGCGAGGGAGAAACUUUGCCCUACUCGGAAAUUCAAGCCGCAACAGGACUCUCGGACCCUGAAUUGAAGCGAACGUUGCAGUCUCUCGCAUGUGCCAAAUACCGCGUCUUGUCGAAAACACCAAAGGGCAAGGAGGUGGAGACAACCGACGUCUUCUCCUACAAUGCCAGCUUCACCGAUGCCAAGAUGCGCAUCAAGAUCAAUCAGAUUCAGUUGAAGGAGACCAAGGAGGAGAACAAGACUACCCACGAACGAGUCGCAGCCGACCGACACUACGAGACCCAGGCGGCGAUUGUGCGCAUCAUGAAGAGUCGCAAGACCAUCAAGCAUGCAGAGCUGAUUGCGGAGGUAAUUGAGGCCACUCGUCACCGUGGUACCCUCCAACCUGCCGAGAUCAAGACCAACAUUGAGAAAUUGAUCGAAAAGGACUAUAUGGAGCGAGCCGAGAACAAUCAAUACAGAUACGUGGCAUAG